AAGACAGUUUUAGAUCACAAGAGCAGUAGCUGGAAAGAAGAACUGAAGGGAGGUCACCAUGGGAGCAUUUUUAGACAAGCCAAAGAUGGAGAAGCAUAAUGCCCAGGGGCAGGGGAACGGGCUGCGUUACGGUCUGAGCAGUAUGCAAGGCUGGCGUGUGGAAAUGGAGGACGCACACACGGCUGUGAUCGGUUUGCCAAAUGGACUUGAUGGAUGGUCCUUUUUUGCUGUCUAUGAUGGGCACGCUGGAUCACAGGUUGCCAAGUACUGCUGUGAGCAUUUAUUAGAUCACAUCACGAGCAACCAGGAUUUUAAAGGGCCAGAUGGGCCACCAUCUGUGGAAAGCGUAAAGUGCGGCAUCAGAACAGGUUUUCUGCAAAUUGAUGAACACAUGAGAGUCAUCUCCGAGAAGAAGCAUGGUGCAGACAGAAGUGGGUCAACAGCUGUGGGUGUCAUGAUUUCUCCCCAACACACGUACUUCAUCAACUGUGGAGACUCGAGAGGUUUGCUCUGUCGAAACAGGAAGGUUCACUUCUUCACACAGGAUCACAAACCAAGUAACCCCCUGGAGAAGGAGCGUAUACAGAAUGCAGGUGGCUCUGUAAUGAUUCAGCGUGUGAAUGGCUCCCUUGCUGUUUCAAGGGCACUUGGGGACUUUGAUUAUAAAUGUGUCCAUGGGAAAGGUCCUACAGAACAGCUGGUCUCGCCCGAGCCUGAAGUUUAUGAAAUUGAGAGAUCAGAAGAAGAUGAUCAGUUCAUCAUCCUGGCUUGUGAUGGUAUCUGGGAUGUUAUGGGAAAUGAAGAGCUGUGUGACUUUGUAAGAUCCAGACUUGAAGUCACUGAUGACCUUGAGAAAGUUUGCAAUGAGAUAGUUGACACCUGCUUGUACAAGGGAAGUCGAGACAACAUGAGUGUGAUAUUGAUCUGUUUUCCGAAUGCACCAAAGGUAUCACCAGAGGCGGUGAAAAGAGAGGCAGAAUUGGACAAGUACCUGGAAAGCAGAGUAGAAGAGAUCAUAAAGAAGCAGGGUGAAGGAGUGCCAGACUUAGUCCACGUGAUGCGUACGUUAGCAACUGAGAGCAUCCCAAACCUCCCGCCGGGGGGGGAGUUGGCAAGCAAACGGAGUGUGAUUGAAGCUGUGUAUAACAGACUGAAUCCCUACAGGAAUGAUGAUGCUGAUUCUGCCUCAACUGAUGAUAUGUGGUAAAACUGCUCAUCUAGCUGUGGAGUUCACCUUUCAUCCUGCAAAUGAAAGUGCAGCCCAACCUCAGUGACCCUUCUUAACAUCCAUCCUCAACCUUAAUUAAAGAGGGGAAUAUGAUGUGUUGGUGAGAGUGACUACAGCAGUACCGACAUCUAGCCCAGGAACUGAUCUUUUUUGUAAAACAGACUUCUGUAAACGUGAUUUCAAACCAUAAAUUCAUGUUGUAAAUCAGACUCCAGCAAUUUAUGUUGUAUGAUUUUGUUUUUGUAAAGUGCAAUUGUCUUUGUACAAAAUGCUCAUAUUUAAUUAUGAACCGCUUUAAAUCACUAUAAAGGUUAGAAGAAAUGUUUUGGCUUGUGUGAUGCAACAAUAUAUAUCCCUUUUAAAAAAUCAUGUUGUGGUUUUGGAUUGCAAGGAGCAGCAGCCUAGCCAGCUAGGUGCUCAGGAGGUGCACAAAACUGUUAAAGAUAACUUUUUGGUUUAUAUGAAAGCUGAACUCAUGGGCAACCUACCAGAAAUUACAGUGUGUGAAUUUCACUUGGCAGUGGAAAAAUAACUUAGGAGUCGUGCACAUUCUUCAACAAACAUAUAUAAUUUUCUUGGAUGCACUCCUACUCUCACGUUGAGUGGAAGGGAUUUGUGAUUUUGAGUUCAGUGGGAGUUAAAUCAUUCCCUGUUAACAGUAUCCUGUUCAUACAUGUACCAAUCUUGGGAUUAGAAUGCCUUGGUUCUUUGCACCUCUUUUUUUCAUUAACCCUUAGCUGAACCUACUAAUCACUGAGCACGAAGACAACUUUCUACAUGAAGUAGGAGUCUGCAGCAUUUUUACAAUCCUGAUUGGCUGGGUCUGCUGCUGUUCCAAGAAAAGUACUCUGAAUUCCAUUUUAUCAAUAAAGCUUGAUUUAACAAACAAGACAUUUACCCAUAAAUGUGUAAUUCCUUCUUUUCCUGCCUUUUAAAAUGUCAGUGCCAUUGUAAAUGAUAUUUUACUUGUGGAAGAAUAUUUUUCUUAAUUGGUAGCCCAUUUUUAAAAUGGGAAGGAUUUUGAUUAUUGCCCAAGACAUAGCCAUAUGCUAGAGGAUGAUGUGGGAUUAAUCUGUUAUCCUAUUUUUUACAAAUGUGGGUUUUUCAGGCUUUUUGGUGUUGGGUUUGGUUUUUUUUUUUUUGUUUUUUUUGCCCCUCCCUACUGAAGAUGUGCAUUGGUUUGAAUUUGCCUACUGUUUGAUAAAAAUACAUUUGUUAAAGCCUGACAAUCUUUAACAUUUUAUGGUGUGUGUUUUUAAUUGAUCCACUUACUUAGAAUGAGAGACUAGUGGUUAAACAGUACUUGUGAUUUGAGGUAUAG